AUGGAUUCGAUCUCGAACACGAUAUCCGAACGCUCUGGGGCGACCAUUCGGGCUGGUGUGAUAUCUCGUACAUCAAAUUGGAUGCUAUCGUGGCUUUUCCGACGUAGUCGCAUCGCGGAUAUGAUUGACGGCUCAGUUCGAAAGCUGAUAGUAUCCGUAUUCGAAAUGGCGAUAAGACUGUUCUCCUCGACGAAGUUUAUGGAUUCGCACCUGUGUGGCAUCCUAGGGGGCCCAGAAAUGGAUGUUCUGGAGUGCAUUGGUCUGUCUUUUUCAUCAUCUUCGUCUGAAAUUGUACCCCUUUGGUGUGCAGGAGAGGACCUUCCUACGUCAGACGUGUCACCAUUCCGACGAAAGCGUCUUGGGGGUGUUUGUGGGGGCCUGGGAUUAGAAUGUUUGUGCGCGGAAAACCCUCGGGUUCUGGGUACCGGCGGCGCCACCUUUACCGCAAUGCCCAGGGCACUCAUCUUAAUGGAAUAA